GCGCAGAGGUUCCUGAGCCAGGUGAAGCAAAGCUGGCACGAUCGCAGCGCCUCCGGAGCCGAACCAACGUUCGUCGGCUUCCACGUCAGGCGAACCGACUACGGCCCCCACGUGAAGAAGCUGUUCCGCGGCGACCUCCCCGGCGUCCGCUUCUUCGAGCGCGCGAUGGCCUACUACCGGGAGAAGUUUGCCGGCGGCGUCGCGUUCAUCGCUGCGUCGGACAACCCGCGGUUCAUCAACGCAACGCUGAGUCAUAACCCAGACGUUUAUUUCGCUCCAGGAAGGUUGCCGGGGCUGGACUUGGCCGUGCUCGCGUCUUGCAACCACAGCAUCAUCACAUUGGGCAGCUUUGGCUUCUGGGCCGGCUUCCUCGCAGGGGGAGAGGUCAUUUAUCCAGACACCAGAUUUCGGCGUCCCUAUAGGUAUAUGGAAACCUUCUCGCUCUUUCUUAUAGACCCUGUAAAUAUAGUGACAUUCCCCUUCUUAUGGGUACACACUGCAGAUGUACCCUGUGCUUUACUCUAUCUCAUUACUACUACUUGCAUGCACUGACCUCACUAGUGCUCUGUCGUAUUUCUGACAAGUACACAGUGAUCUUCCUCCACUUUUUCGUAGACUUUGCAGGUGUGCAUUGU